CUCGUAAGCCCAAAAGAGUCCAUUGGUUUCACAAUUUCAUUUAUGCAUCAAUCCAUUCCCAAUCACUCGGAUUGAAGCAGCAACAACUCAAGCUUUUUUUUUAAAAAAUCCUUUUAGGACUCUAUCUUUCUGAAGUCCUUGCUAGAAUCAAUUGCCAGAAGAGAAACUAUUUAUUAGGAGUUUUCGAAAUUUGUCUCCUGCUACGAUCCUAAUCCUUAAACCUGCGGCCAGCCUUUACAUGCCAAGUUCAACUGUGAUUCAAAUUCUUCCAGCAACUUGUAUAAAUACCACCCUUAGCCGUCCACCUUUUUCACACGCAUAUUCAUUGCUCUGUUUUAGAAGCCCAGCCGGUGGAUAGCAACAAAGAAAAAUAGGUAGAUUUCUAUUUAAAUCAAUCUUAAUUUCCCUGUCUUUUAUUUUAUACUUUUGCAGGGGAAAUUCGUUAGAAACAGAGCUCAAGAUAUUGCUGGCCGGAGUUUUGGUUGACGCAGCGGACACACGUUUUACAGAGGCUUCUGCUGCUGCGCCUUGGAGAAAGGAGGUCUCUGUUUCUGUUGGUUUGCUGAAGUUGGGAUCAGUUUCUGAUGAUAGUCUUCAGCAAUAUUCUUCUGGUGGUGAGUGGCAGACAGUUUCAAGGAAGGUUGUUGCUGAUUUCUCUCCUACCUGUACGCUUAUUGAAGAAGAAGGCCUGGCCAAGCUUCGAAAUUGAUUUCUGGCCGGAGGAAUCUGCUUUGUUGCUGAGAUCUUUUGAUUUACCUGGGAGAAGAAAGGUCACCGUCGGAGAAGGAGGUCUGGCCGAGCUCGAUGCUGAUUUCCGGCGAGGAGGAGCGACUGAUCGAUUUCUAGCGAGGGUGAUCUGCAGCGGGCUUCUUUUGGUGAUGAGCGGUGGAUCGAGGCUUGGAAGAGGAUUGCUGGUGCCGAUCGCUGGAGAAGGAGAUGAUGUUACUGGUGCUGCGUGCCGGGCUGUUUGUUGCUGAUGGUGGGCCGAUUUAUGUUGCUGGAGCCAUUCGCUGCAGGAAAUUAAUGCUGAGAUCCAAAGUGGCCAGUUCAAUCGCAGGUAGCUGGUUGCUGUGAGAAGGAUGUUGACGCCUCUUGCCGGACUGCUCGUGUUGGAAGCUAGUUGGUGUUGGAAAAGAUUCUAAUGCCUCUUGCAGGACUGCUCGUGUUGGAAGCUAGUUGGUGUUUGGAAGCUAGUUGGUGCUUGGAAGCUAGUUGGUGUUUUAGAAGCUAGUUGGUGUUUUGGAAGCUCGUUGGUGCUUUGGAAGCUAGUUGGUGUCGUCGUUUGAAGGAACCCGCCUUUGUACAUGAGAGCUAGUUGGUGUUUGGCAGAUUGCUCGUGCUCGUGUCGGAUGCCGCGGAAGCUAGUCGGUGUUGAGAGCUAGUUGGCGUCGUCGUUGAAGGAACCAGCCGCUGUACACGAGAGCUAGUUGGUGUUUGGCAGAUUGCUCGUGUCGGAUGCCGCUUAGCCCUUUGUUGGGAUGACACCGAUUUAAGGAAUUAGACCGGUUGCCGAUUGUCGGUGCUGCUUAGCCCUUUGUUGGGAUGGCACCGAUUUGAAGAAUUAGACCGAUUCCCGAUCGUCGCUGCUGCUUAGCCCUUUGUUGGGAUAUUGGCACUGAUCAAGACUCCAAAGACGCCAUUGAUGUUGUCGUUCAAGAAAUCAUUGCUUUUGCUGUCGGCGUCACUUGCUCCGUUGUUGGGAUGGUGGCGUCGUUCAAAGUUCAAGAGACACUACUGUUGCCACUGUUGUCGGUGCCACCUGCUCCGUUAUUGGGAUAGUGGCAUCAUUGUGAAGACGUCGUUUGAAGCUCAACUCAAUCAACUUCCGAUGAGGAGGAGAUCAAAGAAUUCCCAAGCCUGUGCCAUUCAUCUGACUUUUUGCUUUCGGGUAUUGACAAUCUAGUUGGGGCUCAAGGGUUGACAGAUUUGGUUCCGGCCCACGGCACGGGUGAUGAACGGCUGAGCAAGGGAGAAUACAGAUCGGCGGUCCGUCCCCUUCCUGAACUGCCGCCUUGGAUCGAUUGAGAUGCCAGAGUUUGGAAGAUGAUAUUUCAAGAAAACAAUCAGGAAGGAGUUUGAAGUAUUUGCGUGUUAUUUUAUUUUGGGAAAAAGUACAAAUAUACCCUUCUAGUAUGGGUGUGAGAACAAAUAUACCCCUGUUCUAUUUUUCGGAACAAAUAUACCCCUGAAGUUUAUGUGAAGGUGCAUAUAUACCCCUGAACUCUUAAAAGGUGAAAAAAUACCCCUCAUGUUCAUAUAAAGGAGCAAAUUUAUCCUUAUUGACUUUGAAUAAAUAAAAAGUAAAUUUUACAACACUAAAAAUAAAUUAUACAUUCUAAAGAGUUCGAAAUAAAGAUUUAUUUUUAUGUUAAAAUAUUAAGUCUUUAAUUUUAAAUAGCAAAAUUAUUAUUUUUCCGUUGUAAAUGAAGCACUUGAAAUUCAUAAGUAUUAAUUUUAGACUUGUUGCAAAAUUUGAAAAUUGUUACAUUUUUUUAAAUAACAUUCUUUGAUUUUAUUUAACCUUAAUAAAAAAUAUUACUAUUUUGUAAUCUUGGACUAUUUAUCAUCAUACAAAAAAUGUAAUUUUAUAGUGCAAAGAAUACGAGAAAUUAAUAUAUUUUUUACAAUGCAACACAUAUGUUAACACUUUUCGAAAAGAAUCUUAAAUAUAGAGUAAAUUUUAUACUAACAAUAUUAAAUGGUGAUCUAAAAUUAAUAAAAUGGAGAAUUGGACACAAGUAGUUUUUUAUUUUUAUUUUAUUUUAAAAUUUCAAAUUUAUAAUUUAUUUUUUGUGUUUUUAGAAAUUUAUUUUAUAUAUUUAAAGUCAAUAAGGGUAAAUUUGCUCCUUUAUAGGAAUAUGAGGGGCAUUUUUGCACUUUUUAAAAGUUCAGGGGUAUAUAUGCACUUUCACAUAAACUUCAGGAGUAUAUUUGUUCUAAAAAAUAGAACAUGAGUAUAUUUGUUCCAACACCCAUACUAGAAGGGUAUAUUUGUACCUUUUCCCUUUUAUUUUUAUGGUCUUAUUUUCGUGUUAUGUUUGUUUACGGUGGUUCACUUUUUGUUGAUGACUUUAGUUUUAGGUUUACAAUAAUGAUUGUCAAUUCUGCUACAUAUUAUGUCGUUAGAAGGAUUUAUAUGACCAGGGGUGAUCACAUUACUCUUUCAGGGGUGAUCGUGUCACGCCCCGGACCUACCCGGACACGUCAACAACCCGCCGUACAGUACGAAUAGUCAACCGCAGUCCAACUCGUCCAUACUAUACAAGGCGUCUUGAAUAUCAUUCACAAUAGUACAUCCAUAAACAAUCAUAUUGUAAAAUAAUUAAUUAAAG